AAAACACCUUCUUUAGGUUUCAAGAAAUAGUUAAAACUAGUUGAAAAAGAGGGUUGUUUUAGUUUUAGAGGCUAAAGGAAAUGGGUGAAUCUUGCUUGGUACGAUCCUUUUCUCAACCUUCUCAAGAACGUACUGAGGGAGACCCUUUACGUGCAUUAACAACCUCAGUGUCAUUUGGAAGAUUUAUGUCUGAAUCUCUGGACUGGGAGAAGUGGUCCUCAUUUACUCACAAUCGGUAUCUUGAGGAAGUUGAGAAGUAUGCAAAGCCUGGUUCAGUUGCUGAGAAGAAAGCUUACUUCGAGGCUCAACAUAAAAGAGCAGCUGCUAAAAAAGCUGCCUUGUUGCUAGAGCAGCAAAAUGCAGCAGUUGAUAAGUCAUCUGAUCCGAACUUGACAAAUCAAAACAAUGAUCAUUCCACAGUGAACUCUGAAUUGACGGGGACUAACAGUUAUGUGGGUAUUGAAGAAACACAACGAGAAGAGGAAGAGUUGAAAAUUGAUGAUUCUCAAAGGGAAUCCAAGUCCACUGAGAAUGGCCAUUUGAAUGUGACAAAUCCAAACCUUGAUAACUGCACAAUGCGCUCUGAGUUGCCAGAGAAUAGCAGUGAUAUGGGUAUUGAAGAAGUGCAGGGAAGUGAGGAGGAUAACACAACUACCUUUGGCUGUUAUCCUGCUCAUGAAGAAAUUAACUUGGAAAUUGCUGAGACUGAAAACUCUACCGAACAAUCUUAUCCAGUAGAGAAUGAAGUCAAGUCAUUGGAUCAGCCGGAAAAUGCUGUUGUAGAGGCAAGUGAUAAUAUAGCACAACUAAAGGAGAAGACACAAACAAAGAAUGCUGCUAUGGCGGGAGAAUCAAUGCUGUCAAUGAAGAAGAAGCCGAAGAAACCAUUAUCCUUAACGACUAGUGUAGCAAAUAAGAAUGAAUCAUCAAGGUUCAAAUCUCAUGUCAAACCGGCGACAGCUCUGCAACCUGUAGUGACUGAUAAAUUUGCUCCAACUAGUGGAAAGAAUGGAAAAGUUUUGAUUGACAAAAAGCGACCAAAUCCAAAAUCUCGUCACAUGUCAAUCAAGUUUUCUUCUCACAGAGAGGAAAAAAAGAAAAGAUUGUCUCCGAUUCUUGAAAAGAUAGUGAAUUCAAGAAUUGUAAGAUCUAUCACCAAAACAACUAGAGACAGCAAAGUUCAACAGACUUCAACUCUGGCAUCGGUAAGUGGGCUAUCAAAGCGUCCUUCUGAAACCCCUCAACGAGAAAUUAGAAGGGCUAGAACUGACCAAUCAUGCUGUAGAAGCAGAAAAGAAGAGGGUGAAUCGCUAUCACACUCAGGAAACCUCAAAUCAAUAAACAAGCAUGGAAACGUAGCAUGUUCCCCUACUGUAUUUUCUCCUUUCAGCUUAAGGAGUGAAGAAAGAGCAGCAAAGAGAAGAGAGUUUUUUCAGAAGCUAGAGCAAAAGCUGAACACAAAGGAGGCAGAAAAAGAGCAGCGACAAGCCAAACCAAAGGAGAAAGCCACCAGUAGUUGUAAAGUGCUUAUAUCAAGAGCUAAAUCAAAUCCAAGCAUUCAUCAUGAAAGUGAAUCAUCUAGUGAUCAAAUGAAGAAGGAGAAAGCGACUAGUAGUUCUAAAGUGCUUACACCAAGAGCUAAACCAGAUACAAGCAUUCAUCAGGAAAGAGAAUCAUCAAGUAUUCAGAUGAAGAAGGAGAAAGCCACGGGUAGUUCUAAAGUUGUUACAUCAAGAGCUAAACCAAAUGCAAGCAUUCAUCAAUCAAGAGCUGAACCAAAUGCAAGCAUUCAUCGUGAACGAGAAUCAUCAAGUAAUCAAAUGAAGAAGGAGAAAGCCACGGAUAGUUCUAAAGUGGUUACAUCAAGAGCUAAACCAAAUGGAAGCAUUCAUCAAUCAAGAACUGAACCAAAUGCAAGUGUUCAUCGUGAAAGAGAAUCAUCAAGUAAUCAAUUGAAGAAGAUGCAUUGUUCACCUAAAUUCAGUAGGAAGCCAGUGUCAGAAAUCCAAGACAACAAACAGCGACAACCUUGGAGGCUUUCAGGGCUUUCAGGGAAGCCUGAGGGAUCGAAAGAUGUUAAAAGGGAAAACAGCCUUUCAAACCAUUUCCCAGUGGAAGGUAGAUCCGACAACCCCAAAUAUAUCUGUGAGAGUACGCGGGAAAAUGCUUCUCCAAAUAUCCAAGUUUAAGACGGCUGCUGAUCCAUACAGAGCGUUUUCCAAACACUUGAUAAAUUGCUGCUGCUUUUCAAUUUUGAAGUUCGGGGGACUGCAAAUGGGUGCAUACAUCACUUAUAGGCUGUUUAAGACAUUGCUCCAAAUGUCUAAUACAGUAGGGUAUCAAUUUUGUAUUUCCAUUCGAGUGGUGAAAUUCUGCAUGUUCCAUUUUUCAAUAUUCCUAAUGACGCAACAACCGAAUGUAAAUAAAAUAUGAGCUUUUGGUC